CAUUGUUGUUCCCGAUGCCUUUCGUCAAGUAUAAAGACAAUACCACGGCAUGCAUUUCGUACACGCCGUGUUCAUCACAAUCUCGUCAGUGACGAAGUGGACUGUGUCUGCUGCCUUCUUUUACUUCGCCCUCUUUGCUUCCAACUUACGACCCGGCAUUGACUGCCAUCUUUCACAAGCUGGUCUUGGACAGGUCCUCGAAACACUCAUUCGCCGCUGAAGUCGACAACAUACCAGUACAUCUACACCAUGAAGGUUUCCGUUUUUGUAACUCUCGUGCUCUCUUCCUUCGCUACCGCUCUUCCGAGCCUCAAGCGCCGUGGGGGAAGCUUUGUACUGCAGAAUGGUAUUGACGCGAUCAAUUUGAACAACCAGUUCCAGUCCUUGACUGCGUCCUCACCAUGUACAUCUGGCAACGCCUGUGUCAGCGGAGAGUUUGCUCAGUGUGUCAACGGGCAGUACGUCCUCACUUCAUGUGGAUCAGGUCUAAUAUGUGCUGCACUUCCUCUUGUCAACUCUGCUGGAACUAGCAUCACUUGCACCACUCAAGCAGACCUGAACUCUCGUAUUGCUGCCACCGGCGCAACUGCCGACGGAACAAGCACGACGGGCAGCCCCUCCAAUGUGACCACUACAUCCAGCUCAGCUUCAACAGCCACUUCCACAGCAGGCUCUGGGUCAAAUUCCAACUCAAAUGCUCAGACCUCCCUAACUCUGCUGUCAAGCCUUGUCGCUCCUAAUUUUGCUAAGAACGGUCAGAAUGUAAACACCUCCGAGGCUGGCGAAGUCCCCUCUUUGACCUCCACAAACAACUUCAUCAACUACUGCGCCACAUUGUCCAAUCUCCCUAUAACGAAUGGCCAACAGAUUAAAGGUGGUUCCUGCAACCCCGCUCCCAUGGGUGCCAUCCCUUCCACCUCGAAUAUGCCCAGCGCCAAGUUUGUCAGUCCUAACAACUUGGCUGUUCUUCCAGCGAACACCACUUUCCAGGUGACGCUGGCGGUGAAAGAACUCCAGACUGGGUUCUUUGUUAAUCCGGAUACCAAUUACUUUUCCGCUCCCCAGCAAAUUGAUCCUACAUCUGGGCAAAUUCAGGGUCACGCCCAUUUCGUUAUCGAGGCGCUUCAGUCCCUUACGCAGACUACCCCAACCGACCCCAAUAAAUUCGCAUAUUUCCUUGGUCUAAAUGGCAAAGCAGAUGCAAAGGGUCAACUAUACGCCAACGUCACUGGUGGUUUGCCUGAGGGGACGUAUAAGAUGUCUACCAUUAUCAGCGCGAUGAACCAUCAACCAGUUCUUGUCGCUGUGGCGCAGCACGGAGCAUUGGAUGACCAGAUCUACGUGAGUUGCGAGUUGCGGUAAUAUCCAUCUUAUCGCUGACAGCUCUACCAGUUCACUGUUGUUGCCUCCGGCCAGAACGGCACGACCAAGACGACAACCUCCAUUGGUGGCUCGCCGCUCCCUUCAACUGCCUAGGGUGUCUUCCGUGCCUACGGGUUCCAGCACUUGACCCUCACAUACGCCCGAAAUUAUGAGCGCCACAACCAUUUAUAGCAAGGCUCGACUGGCUUGAGUUUAUAGAUUGCUACUUUCCUUGCAUGUUGUUCAAGACCAUCACGGAUAGAAUUUAUGUCGCCCGAUUCACAGUGGGCAAGAUUGUUCUCAUCAACUUCAGUGUAGCCUUUAUGCACUAAUAUGUAGCUAUUGCCUCAGGUCAUUACCUUAUAUCAAAUAGUUAUAUCACCCCAUAAAUGAAAUUGCUUUGAUUAUCGUUAA